GAGGGGAAGUGCAGCGGGGAAAGUUAUUUGCCUGCGAAUCGAAGACUUUUUCAGCUGCAGCAGCGACUGAGAGCCGUUGAAGGAGACGGAGAAGCAGAGGAGGCGUAUUUACAGCAUCUUUCCUCGUACAGUCCAUCACCUGAGCAGUAGACAGCCGCUCAUCCAUCAGAGACGCUGCAGCCGGUGGCUAAUAUAAUCCAACACCGAGGAGGACAUGAAGACCGGCAAGAAAUCCUUCAUCGCUUUCAUCAAGGAGAGGAAAAUGGGUCUGAACGACUUCAUCCAGAAGCUGGUGUCCACUCCACAUAUCUGCCAACAUGCUGAAGUCAACAACUUCCUGAAGAUAGAUGAGAACCAGAACGAGGAGGACUCUGAAACCGAUCAGCUUCCUGAUAGUCCGAUGUGCCUAAAUUCACGAAGUUCCCUGGCUGAGGACACUCAGAUCAAACCCUGUGAUUUUGACUACCUCAAAAUCAUCGGGAAAGGCAGCUUUGGGAAGGUCCUGCUGGCUCGGCACAAGGAGUCCACCAAAUACUACGCUGUCAAAGUGCUGCAGAAGAAAAUCAUCCUGAAGAAGAAAGAGCAAAAGCAUAUCAUGGCGGAGCGCAGCGUGCUGAUGAAGAACAUCAAACAUCCGUUCCUGGUGGGGCUGCACUACUCCUUCCAGACCACCGACAAGCUCUACUUUGUGCUGGACUACGUCAACGGUGGAGAGCUGUUCUACCACCUCCAGAGAGAGAGGAUCUUCCUGGAGCCCAGAGCUCGGUUCUACGCCGCCGAGAUCGCAAGUGCACUCGGCUACCUGCACUCUCUGCACAUUGUGUACAGGGACCUGAAGCCUGAGAACAUCCUGUUGGACUCUCAGGGUCACAUUGUCCUGACAGACUUCGGCCUCUGCAAGGAAGGUCUGGAGCCCACUGGGACCACCACCACCUUCUGUGGGACACCUGAGUAUCUGGCUCCAGAGGUUCUCCAGAAGCAGGCGUACGAUCGCACUGUGGACUGGUGGUGUCUGGGAUCAGUGCUCUACGAGAUGCUCUACGGACUGCCUCCGUUCUACAGCCGUAACACCGCUGAGAUGUACAACAACAUCCUCCACAAAUCCCCGGUGCUGAAGCCCAACGUGUCCAAUGCCGGCAGGGAGCUGCUGGAAGGUCUGCUGCAGAAGGACCGCACCAAGAGGCUGGGGGUCAAGGACGACUUUCUGGAGCUCAAGUAUCAUUCCUUCUUCUCUCCCAUCAACUGGGACGACCUGAUGGCCAAGAAGAUCACACCUCCGUUUGUUCCCUCAGUGAGCGGUCCUACUGAUCUGCGACACUUCGACCCAGAGUUCACCCACCUGCCGGUUUCCUCCUCUCUGUGCACCGACACCCUGACGGUGACCAGCAGCGUCAAGGAGGCGGCCGGAGCUUUUCCCGGCUUCUCCUACGGACCUCCGGCGGACCACUCCUUCAUGUGAACGCCUUCAUCCCGUCAGAACAACAACAUAAACAGGACUAGAGCUGUGGUUGGUCUGGACACAUGGACCACAGCAGAGCGGCCUGUCGAUGAGAGGAUCUAACAGCUUUGACGGAUCUCGUGUACAGACGGAGGACUCUCAUGUUUCAACACCGCCGGCGCUACACUUCUGCCUCAACCAUCCACAACUACAAAACAUGUGUGCCAAGUCUGGAUGCAGCGUGGGGUCAGGAAACAUCCCUCAUGGCUGCCGGCGGAGUGACGCCAGGAGGAAGUGCCUGAGGUUCAAAAGGCAGUUUGGACAGCAGCAGCAGCGUUGGCAGGAGCCAGAUUUAUCAAAAAAAGAAGUAUAAAAAACACAAAACCUGUUUCCGUUGUUUGGACUUUUGACCAGAGCGCUAGCCGUUACGGGUGAUGCCUUUAUGUUCAAGCUGUUUGUGUUUUUUCUUAAAGUUCGAUGCAUUUUGUUUUUGCUCGAUUGCACUUGAGGAAACGAGGGUCGGAGAAGUGAAACAUUUUGCUUCAAGCAUCAACAACUCGGAUUAGACCGCUGCAUAUCUUUCCAGUUGUUUAUCUCAUAUCUCCUCUUUGGACAAAAGAAUAACGGCAUUUCAGUACCGGGGGUCCUCGACUUUUCGACGGAACUCCGGCGAAAAUGUAAACAAAGUCGUUACGUUCAUCACGAUAUCAAUUAGUUCUUCAGAAAAGUCAUGAAUACCAACGACUUUCAUGUAUGUAUGAGUCAUUUUACGACACUCUUCUUCGAAGCACUGCCAUCAGAAGAGUCUGACUCACGCUUGGGAGCCAUAAUGAAGGGCAAAAAGUUAGCGAAUGUAGCACAAUCCAAGGUGGCGUACAACCGGAGAAUUUCAAACAAAGCUGUCUUUUAGUGCCGCGUUGAUGCCUCUGCAAGAUCCGUCUGGCUCCGUGUGGACGAAUUCUUCUCAAGCAGAAAGUUUCUGUGUCGUGCACCUUCCAAAUUUUUCUAACAAUGCAGAUAGAGACGCGGAAAACUGCAGGAGUAGAAGUUCAGAAAUCCAGGCAUUUAUAGGAUUCAUCACACAGAGAUCACCGUGGUAACUGGGUUUUGAACAGAUUCAUGGCAUGAAAUUAAAACUAACUGCUGAAAUGCAACUAUUCGGUAAAAUGCCAUGUUGUAAAAGGUGUAAUCGAUGUCAGACUUCUACUCCAGUUUAGCGCCAUGUUAGAUGUGUGUUUGCGAGUUUAGUAGCAGACGCGACACGGAGUUUAACGCCACACAAGUUCUCUCGAGCGGAUUUCCAAGCAUCUCAUUUCCGCGUCACGUUCGUACGGUAAGCAUAACCCAGCCUGUAUUCGUCCGCUGCACGUAUUUACCUGCUCCAACAAGUUCCACGUAAUCAGUUCCGACGUAACUUCAAAACUCCGUAAGUCGUACACCGAGGACUCGCCCAUGACCAGUUCUGACGCAAUGACGAAACUCUGUACGUCGUAAACCGAGGACUCGCCCGUGACCAGUUCCGACGCAAUGACGAAACUCCGUAUGUCGUAAACUGAGGACUUGCCCAUGACCAGUUCUGACGAUACGACAAAACGCCGAAUGUCGUACACCGAGGACUCGCCUAUGACCAGUUGUGACGUAGCGACGAAACUCUUUACAUAGUAAACCAAGGACUCGCCCAUGACCGGUUCCAACGUAACUUAGAAACUCUUUACGUCGUAAACCGCGGAUUCGACUGUAACCAGUUCUGACAAUAUGACGAAACGUCGUAUGUCGAGGACGUCGUAAACCGAGGACCCUCUGUAAUCUGCACUACUAGUGACACUCAGACCAAAACUCACUUUUCUUUGACCUGUUUGUCCUCAUAAACUGAAAAUCAAACUUUACUGUACUGUGUAGAGAAAAAAAAAAGAAGUUACAUAUAUUUUAUUGUAUUUUAUUAACUGCAAACAUUCACUGUUUACUCUUAAGAAGGUUCUGCAUUUAGUGUACAUAAGUUCUAAAUGUUUCCUCAUGUGUAUAUAUACGUAUAAAUAGAUUUAUGAAACUUCUAUUUCAACUAUGGCAAUAAAUUUAUUUUUCUUUUCAUCUAAAUGUUAGUUAAUCUAUAUCUGCUGUUGGCAAACUUAAUGAAGGAGUUCUCUGACUGAUCCGGAGAGUGCGACAGUUCAACCAGCAAUAAUCGGCCCCCAUCAGUAAUAGCACAUCCAGCCUGUAAAUCCAUCUGUUUGAAAUGAAAGUGAUUGCUGUUUUAUUGCAAACACUCCAGAAAAAAACUCUAGACAAAUUAUUACAAAUGUCUGUGUGUAUUUAUGCAUCAUGUAGAGAAGAACUGUGAAUGUCUCGUGCCUGUCCAAGGCGGCUUGAUCCAUGUUUAUUGUACAUAUCGCUCUUCCCCAAACCUUUCUAGAAGAUAAUCUGUAAAAUAAAGUGCUUCAGAGAGGAACCACUAGGUGGAGCAGUUUAGCCGCUGUCCUGCUGCGUUGUUCUGGAAAGUGCAAUAAAAUAUUAAGACGGAAAGAAUAAUUAAAGUAAUUUAUGCUCUGAUGUUCAUUAAAUUAUUAAGAGGAUUGUCUUUGUUUUGCUGCAUCGUGUCUCACAGAAAAACAACAGUAAAUGAAUUUUCCAGCCUGCUGAAAGCAUAAACGGCAACAACAACAACAUAACACAGUUCUAAUCGUUUUCUUCCACAUUUGGAAGCGUUAAUUUUCUGUUUUGUAUUUUUUAUGUGUAUUUAUUUUUAUGCCACUGCUACUGUACGAAUAAGAAAAUUUACAUGAUCAACUGAAAUACUGAACUGUAAUCUGUGUCAGAAAUGGCAAAUAAAAUCUCUAAAAUCA